GUAACGGUGCAAGAACGGUAUUUAUCAGCGAUACAGUCCUGAAUGGGCGUUGGACACAUAAUCUUCUAGAUACCACUAGUCGUCGAGAAUCUUCGGUCAAGAGACUUCUUCGUCCUCGGCAAGUGCGUAACCGGCCCAGACCACCUCUGAGCAGCUUGAGCAUCCGAUCAGGUGCUGCCCCCUAUCCAUCUCUUCCGAUGAUAUCCUAUACGCGCCUCCGCAUCGACAAGCAUACACCCAUCUGUCCAGAUCGGCAUCCUCCUCGAAAUCUUCCAGUGACACGACCUGGGCAGGCCGCGGAACGGAUUUGGAACCGGCUUUGGUCUCGUGGAGAGACGAAUCGUGUUUCAGGCGAAGCUCGGGGUCAGCCAAAGUUUUGUAAGCUUUCUGAAUGAGUCCGAUCUCAGGGAGGUGGUCGCCUGCUUGCGGCCGGCGCUUGUCUGGAUGCGAUGCAAGAAGGGCCCGAUGGUAUGCACUUUUUAUCUCGGAGCUGGUGGAUCGGGCAUCGACGUCCAGGACUGCAUAGUAGUCGACUGGCUUUGCGAACUCCAGGACUGGAACCAGGCAGAAGACAGGGUGAUAUGAUAUUAGAAAGCAAGUCGAUUUUCGGAUCCGGAAGCCGUGACGGUCCCGAUCAAUCAGGAGGUGGGCUUGCUGGGGUUAGGGCUCCACGGUCAUAGCGCCGAGAUUGAGCUGCUCGGAAACCCAACAAUCCAUAGACUGGAGGAUCGAUUUUUGAAGGUCAAAAGGGCUUCACUCAAUGCAGGCCGGAGUGGGUUCUCGCUGUUGGUUUCAUACUUUAAAGUACCUUUGAAAAUCAACUUCAUAAUGAGUCAGCGUGAUCUUGCUGUACAGUUAACACACGUGAUCCGUGUCUCGAAAAGGAUAUCCAAAACUACCUCAAGAGCCACCGACGGGCACGACACAGACGACAGACAAUGGGAUCGACUAGACUAUACACCAAGGGCCGUGUUCUCGGUCACAAGCGGGCAAAGCGCAACAGCAGCCCCAACACCUCUCUCCUGCAGAUCGAGGGCGUGGCAAACAAGGAGGAGACGCAGUUCUACCUUGGAAAGCGGGUCGCCUAUGUGUACAAGGCGAAGCGUGAAAUUCAGGGCUCAAAAAUCCGUGUCAUCUGGGGACGUGUGACGCGGCCACACGGUAACUCGGGUGUCGUCAAGUCUAAAUUCCGCUCCAACCUCCCUCCUCGUGCAUUCGGCGCCAGCGUCCGCAUUAUGCUCUACCCGUCGAACAUUUGAGUCGAUAUGCCCUGUCCUUCGUAUUGCAAUAUGACUCGCAUGCCCUAAAA